AUGGUGAAAAGUGCUUAUUUUUUGGCUAAGGAAGUUGUAGAAAAGCAUGAAAGAGGUGAAUCCUCAGUGGGAGAUGUAUGUGGCCCACUUUGGAAAAAGAUGUGGCACUUAAACAUUCCGGCCAAAGUGAGAGUUUUUGCUUGGAGACUUUGCAUGAAGGCCAUCCCAUCUAUGUUAAAUAUGAGUAAUAGAGGAAUUCAAGUGGAUCCUACCUGCCCUGUUUGUUGUGGGGAACCUGAGUCAACUGAGCAUGCAAUCAUCUACUGUGAAGCUGCUAAAAGAGUGUGGAGCAAAUGGGAAGAAUGCCCAAUCUGUUUGAAUGAUGCCAACAUGGAGAUUGUGGACUUGGCCUUAUGUUUGCUAGAAAAGGGAACACAGAGGGAUUUGGAGAUCUUUUUUGGUGUUGCUUGGAUGAUUUGGUAUAAUAGGAACCAAAUUGUUCAUGAAGGAAAUGGUGUGUCUGAGGAUCGCAUUUGGGAGACAGCAAUCCAAAUGAUAAAGGAGUCAAAAGGAAUAAAGGGCUGGGAGUUAAAUAGUCCUCAGAGAAGUGGAAACUAA